GUGAUAAGGUAAUAGCUCCUUGAGAAAAAUAUCCAAGCUUUGACGAAUCGGGACACAGGAUAUUCUCUUGCAACUAGGGUUAGGGCUUGUAACUGUACUGUGUAUAUAAAAGGACCUUAACUCACUGAGACAGAAGAACAAGGAGGCGACCAACGCUUAGACAGAAAGAAAAAGAAAGAGAAGAUGGAGCAAACGUUCAUCAUGAUCAAGCCUGAUGGGGUCCAGAGAGGCCUGGUUGGUGAAAUCAUCAGCAGAUUUGAGAAGAAAGGUUUCUAUUUGAAAGGUUUGAAGUUCAUCACUGUGGAUCAAUCCUUUGCCGAGAAGCACUACGCAGACCUGUCUGCAAAGCCCUUCUUUAAUGGACUUGUGGAGUACAUUAUUUCCGGUCCUGUUGUUGCUAUGAUUUGGGAGGGUAAGAAUGUUGUUACAACUGGUCGCAAGAUUAUUGGAGCCACUAACCCUGCAGAGUCUGCUCCUGGAACAAUCCGUGGUGACUUUGCAAUUGACAUUGGCAGGAAUGUGAUUCAUGGAAGUGAUUCAGUUGAAAGUGCAAGGAAGGAAAUUGCCUUGUGGUUCCCUGAAAACCAGGUUAACUGGCAUAGCAGCCUUCACCCCUGGAUCUAUGAGUAGGUUGUUUGGGUCUAAAGCUGUAGCCCUUUGUGGCAUCGUCUUAUUCCUGUUUCCUUUAUCAUGUUUGCUUCUUGCCUAUGGUGCUGUUUAAGAUGUUUGUCUGAUGCCUGUAUUUAUGUGCACUUGUGGUAGUAUGUUAUUGUGAAUCAAGUGCAGAAACUUUGUAGCAUCCUUGUACGAGUCGAAUUUCAUUUGGUGACAUUGGUGUUUGAAUGCUCUGGGUUAAUCUUUGAGGUU